AUGAAGCCGGGUGAUAAUACAGAUUCAAAAUUAUUACAAAUCAUCAACUUAACUGCCGUAGGCAUAAAACGUCUCAUUAAAAUGGCUAAAAAGCUCAGUGCUUUUCGUGAUAUGUGCCAAGAAGAUCAAGUGGCACUGCUUAAAGGUGGCUGCACCGAGAUGAUGCUUAUGCGUUCUGUGGUUACUUACGAUUAUGAUCGUCACACGUGGAUGAUUCCACAUGUAAAAGAAAGUAUGGCUAACAUUCAUGCUGAUGUCUUAAAGCUGGCAAAUGACAAUUUAUAUGAGGAACACUUAAAUUUUCUACGGAGCUUUGACGUAAAGUGGCGUAACGAUGAUAAUAUUAUGUUGAUCAUCUUAGCCAUUGUAUUAUUUACGCCAACUCGUGACCGUGUCAUACAUUCCGAUGUGAUUAGAUUGGAACAAAAUUCCUACUAUUAUCUUCUGCGAAGAUAUUUAGAAAGCAUUUAUCCUGGCUGCGAAGCUAAAUCAAAUUUUAUAAAAUUAGUACAGAAAAUAUCGGACGUUGAUCGUCUGAAUCAAAAUGUUAUUGGUGUCUAUUUAAAUGUAAAUCCAGUUAGAGUCGAACCCUUAUUACGCGAAAUUUUCGAUCUUAAAGCCUUCAAUUAAUUGAUGUACCUAUUAAUUUAAGUAUGGAAUGUAUUUUUGUAUAGUUGUACUUUAUGUUUUGAAUGUGAAAGUAGUCUUUAAAAGGCGAACGCUAUUCAAAACAUUGGUAUAUUGUAGUUAAAGAUUUUUAACUUUAAAUUCAAGCACACUUAGGCAAAUCAUUAAUUUAAGUAUGCAUGCGUUAGAAUCACUUUGCAAAUAUGGCAUAUGUUUUUAAGAAAGGCACUUAAUUUCACUUGAUUUCACAAAAAAAUUAAUAUUUCAAUCUAAAUAGAUUAAAUAAAUGAAGUCAUCACAACAGAUCUGUAUCGGUGAUGGUCGAAAAUAAACGUAAAGUUGAUUUUUGCGAACCUUAUUGCUAAAAGACUAAAUUUCUUAAAAAUAUCCUUGUAGAUUCAAAAGUUGUCUUUGUCUUUAGAAAAAUUUAAAGCAACUACUUAUAGAAAAUUAUAAAAAAAUAUUUCUACAGCAUAAAACUGACUCUGUGGUGUAAGUCUUAGGUCCAGUAAUGUAUAGCGAAAUUUAUCGUUCCUGAACAUUGUUGUGUUCUAUAAUGACCGAAAUUGAGACUGUUAUUAUGUAGUGAACUGUUGCACUACUGUUAUCAUUAUCACGAUCAUUUUUUCUAUUCGUAGAAUGUUUUUAUUUUUUCAAUAAUUCUAUGCAAAAUAUGCUGUUUUUCCCGGUAAUCAUGGUAAUAUAUUUGACUUCGGUUAUCUCACAUUAAAGAGUAUCUAUACUUAGACUUUCUUGUAUAUAAGGCCCAAACUGAUGGUUCAGACAUAUUUUUUUUAAAAUAUACUUUAUAUAUAGCGAAUUUCUCUGAAAUCUGUUUCUGCUAUUUUCAUAGUUGGCAAUUUGUUACUGUUUAGUGGCUUUUCUCAAUGAAAUGUAUUAUGCUAUGUUUUUAGCCAUCCGUUCAAGUUGUAAUAUGGUAGCUAUUAUCUGAAUCAUGUCUUUAUAAACAAAUUUAGUUGUCAAAUCAAAAACUGUCAAUACGCGAAUAAGCAUUAAAUAGUCGGUAAAACCAACCUAUUUUUGGCUCUUACAUUGCCAAACAAUUUUUUAAAUAGAUUCCACACGGCAGCCGCUGACAUGGUGCUCUAUUAAAAAGCUCAAGAACAAUUGACACAGAACUUAUAUUAGCAUAAUAUGUUAGGAUAAAAUAGAAUGGUGACUUUGUGUACUAAAGCUCAAACUCUAGAUAUUCUCAUCCAAUAUAACACACUGAUGAAAAUCAAUUUUAUAAAGCUUACCAGAACCUACCAUUCAGAAACAAAAAAAAGAAUAAUUAAUGUUUAGAAUAACUGUAAUGUUCAGGAACCUUAUAUCCUUCUUUCUCGUUAAAUUUUGAAAACUAUUAGCAAUUCAAGAGUUUUAGUAGUUGAUGAACUUGAUCUUUAAAUUUACAAAAAAAAACAAAAAAUCGGUUUCCUUUCCAGCAUAUGAUCUAUUACUAAGUGUUGUUUUAAAACUUAUGAUAUAAUGUAAGAACAAUAAUAUUUCUACAUAGUAUUUAUUAUUAAUAGUCUUUGAUUGUAAAAUUGUUAAUAAAUUAAUUUGCUCUUAAGAUUUUAAAUCUGAACAAAGUGAUAAUCUGUACAAUUCUAUGAAAACAUGCUUGAA